GAGAGGGGACUGGAGGAGGGGAGGGGUAGUAGUGCGGUAGUGGGCUAGCUCGCGGCGGAGCAGAGAGACGGACCAGAGAGCGAGCAGAGCAAGCAAAGCGUAGGCGAGCUCGCGGCGAAGCGGGAAUUGAUUGCGCCCACCACCACCACCACACCACGUCUUCUCCACCUCCGUCCUCACCAAGCCACCAUCAUUGCCGGCACCGCGCCGGCCGCGGGAGCCCCCCCAGCUCAGCUGCGCAUUCUUAACUAGUGUUUCUCUCUUGGCUUCUCGGCGAAGUGUAGCGGUUGCUGCUGCGGGUACUGGAGUGCGGAGAGCAGCAGCGGGGGCGGUACGUGUGCGUGCUGCGCUGUGCUGUGAGGAAGCCACCACCCACCACCACCUCCAUUAAAGGCGCUCACGCGCCGCCUCUCCGCCUCCACGAGAAAGCGAGGCGAGAGGAGGGAGGGAGAGUGAGUGAGGAGGGCGUCGUACUACGCUACGCCACCUCCGUCGUCAAGGCCAUCUCUCUCUCCUCCACACUUCCUCCCCUCACGGGGGCAGCCACGUACAAAGGCAGCUCGCCAACGCCCAGCAGCACCACCCCUUCGCCGGCCCGCACCACCCCCACGCCGUGCGCCUUUAAAGACAGCGCGCGACAAGCUUAAAGUUUCAGUUACAGAGGCCAGAGCCGUCCGCGCGCGCGCGAAAGCAGAGGAGGAGCGGCAAUGGCGGUGACCGCGCGGCUCGGCGCCGUCGUGGCGUGCGUCGUCUUGGCGGCCGUGGCGGUGGCGCCGCGGCCGGCGGCGGGGAUCCUCGACCCGGUCGACUUCCUGGCGCUGCAGGCGGUGCGCCGGUCGCUGGACGACAUGCCCGGCUCCGCCUUCUUCGACGGGUGGGACUUCACGGCCGACCCGUGCGGGUUCCCCGGCGUGUUCUGCGACGGGGACCGGGUGGCGGCGCUCGCGCUCGGCGACCCCCGGGCGGGGUCACCGGGGCUGACGGGGAGGCUGGACCCAGCGCUGGGCCGGCUGUCCGCGCUCACCGAGCUAUCGCUCGUGCCCGGGCGCGUCGAGGGUGAGCUCCCGGCGUCGCUCGCGUCGUGCUCGAAUCUGCGCUUCCUGGCGGUCAGCAAGAACCUCCUCUCCGGCCAGAUACCGGACGGAUUCAGCGCGCUGUCCAACCUCCGGACGCUCGACGUCAGCUUCAAUCAGAUCUCCGGCACCAUCCCGCCGUCCAUUGCCGCGCUGCCGUCGAUCACCAAUCUCAUCCUCUGCCACAACCAGCUUACCGGCGGCGUCCCGUCGUUCCAGGACUCGUCCCCGCUCCUCCGGCUGGACGUCAAGCACAAUGCGCUCUCCGGCGGCGUGCCCACACUGCCGUCGGGGCUGCAGUACCUCUCGCUGUCCGCGAACAAGCUCACCGGCACGGUCGAUCAGGUGCUGCCCCGGCUGACCCGGCUCAACUUCCUCGACCUCAGCAUGAACCUGCUGGAGGGCCCGAUCCCGGCGUCGGUGUUCUCGCUGCCGCUGUCCGUGCUGCAGCUGCAGCGCAACUUCUUCGCGGGGCCCGUGCAGCCGUCGAACGACGUGACGAUCCCGAUGGUGGACCUGAGCUACAACCGGUUCUGGGGCCAGCUCUCGCCGCUGCUGGCGGGAGUCGGGCAGCUGUACCUGAACAACAACCGGUUCACCGGCGAGGUCCCCGCGCGGCUGGUGCAGGAGCUGGUCGGCUCCGGCGGCCUGCAGGUGCUGUACCUGCAGCACAACUUCCUGACGGGCAUCGAGAUAUCGCCGUCGUCGUCGCUCCCCUCCACCGUCUCGCUCUGCCUCAUGUACAACUGCAUGGUGCCGCCGGUGUACGCGCCUUGCCCGAUCAAGGCAGGGUCGCAGAACACGCGGCCGGCCGACCAGUGCCCGGAGUGGAGAGGCUGAGCUGAGCUGAUGUCUGGCUGACUGAUCUUGAUCGUGUCUCAGCAACGCCAAUGCCAAUGCCGGAUCACCGGUUGGAAAUAGCGGGGAAAGCAGAAGAACUAAAGAAGAAGAAGAACAGUGGAUGGAGAUUGCGAAACUGUGGUCUCUGAUUCUUUGAUUGUUUUGUCCAGUUGUUACUAGUGUUCUUAUUUUUUUUUCGAUUUGGGGGAGGAGGAGGAUAGUUACAGACAAAGUAAGUGCCUCAAUAAUCGGGAUUUUACAGGUGUAAGUUUUUUUUUUUUGGUUUAGUUGGUGUAUGUGCAUUAUGUAUCUCUCUGCUGUAUAGUGAGCAGUACUCCCUCCGUAGCUUCUUUUCUAUCACACACACACACACUGGCGCUUGAUGCUGUUAGAUCAGAUGAUGGACGGUGUUAAGAGCCAGUGAUGUUAUUUAUCAAAUCAUGUCACUGAACAAAUCAAUGUGAGCAAGCAUGCACUGUGCUUGAUUUUGUUUGCCAUGUUUA